CCAUUCAUCAAGUCUCCCACUGCAUAAUCAGAAACCAAACAAUACAACCAAUCUAUUUGUGUAAUUGCCUACGUGAAAAUGGCUCAACCAAUCCCCGCUCAACUCCCGGCCAAGACGAACAACCCUGUGCUGGAGAACCCUGUUGUGGUUAUCGGGCAGCAGUUCAUAGCAACCUACCCUGUCGAUCUCGUCAUCAAGAGUAAAUGGUCGCCCACUGAAGGUAAUUUCGGCGUCACUGACGUUAAUGGCGCCGUCAUUUUCUCCAUAAAAGGUAAAUUUUUCAGCAUCCACGAUCGCCGUAUCUUGCUUGACGCCACCGGUCACCCCCUCGUUUCUCUCAAACAGAAGGUAUUAAGUGCCCAUAGGAGAUGGCAAGUAUUCAGAGGAGGAGAUGAGGGACACGAUAAAGAUUUGGUAUUCAGUGUCAGGAAAUCAUCGUUUAUGCAGUUCAAGACUGAAUUGAGCGUGUUCUUGGCCAACAAUACGAAAGAGGAAGUUCCUGAUUUCAAGGUCAAGGGCAGCUGGCUCGAGACUUCCUGCACUAUAUACCUUGGAGAUUCCAACACCAUUGUUGCACAGAUGCAUAGGAAAGAGACUGCGGCUAGCGUUUUCUUGGACAAAGACUGCUUCGGUGUGACGGUGUAUCCCAAUAUGGACUACGCCUUCAUUGUGGCGCUUGUGGUGAUCCUUCAAGAGAUCAAUGCGGAUCGCAACGGUGAAGAUUAGAUCUCAAUCCACUGUAGUAUGUUUGUUAUAAUAAAACCACAUAAUAUGUUUGUAACUUAAAUUUCUGUUGCAAGGAGACAUGAAGCUCCUCCAAGAAAUGUGAAUUAUGCUCGCUACCCUUCUCUUCACAUGUAUCAUGUUAUAUUGUAACAAAACAAUUACUUAUGUAUGUUUUAUAUUGUUGAUUUGUUGUA